CAUUGUCAAUGUAUUCUUGAUCUUAACAGGAGUCUCCAGCAGAGCAAGUGAUCCUGAGGGACAUCAGCAGAACCUUCACCGCUCAUGAGAAGUUCUACAAUGAGAACGAAGGUGGCCAGGAUGCUAUGUACAAGAUCAGUAAGGCUUACUCGGUGUAUGACAAUGAUGUUGGCUAUACCCAAGGCCUCUCAUUCCUGGCUGCUGUCCUCUGGCUUCAUAUGCCUGAGGAGCAAGCGUUUGCAGUCCUGGUGAAGAUCAUGUAUGACAAGGGGCUCAGGGACCUAUUCGUCAAUAAUUUCCAGGAACUUCACAUGAAAUUCUUCCAGUUAGAUCGACUUCUGGAGGACAAUGUACCAGACCUGUACAGUCAUUUUGUUCACAUCGGGAUAGAGACCCACAUGUUUGCCUCUCAGUGGUUCCUGACUCUCUUCACUGCCAAGUUUCCUCUUCACACUGUAUUCCACAUCAUGGACGUCUUCCUCUCAGAGGGAAUGAUAGUCAUAUACCAUGUCUCACUUGCUCUCCUGAAGUUAUCUAAGAAGGAACUUCUUGGACAGGAUUUUGAGGGUGUGUUGAAGUUCUUCCGGGUCACACUCCCUAAGAAAUACCGCUCAGAUGAGAGUGCUGUGGAACUCAUGCAGGUCGCCAUGUCUACUAAGGUGAGUCAGAGGAAGCUCAAGAAGUAUGAGAAGGAAUUCUAUGCCAUGAAGGAGGAGGAGGAGAGAGAAGACCCCGUCGAUAGAUUAGAGAGAGAGAACAAGCAGAUGAUGGAAGCCAAUCUUCACUUGGAGAGGGAGAACGAUGAACUUGCCCAUGAACUCAUCACACAUAAACUCAUGAUGGAGAAACAACUAGAUAAGGAGCGUGAUCGUGCAGAUGAGCUAGAGAAGGAACUCAAGGCUCUCAGGUUAGCACUCCAUGACUCAGAAGAAGAGAAGCGACAUCUGGGCUCAGAGACUGCUCAGGUGAAGGAGAUGUAUAGAAGAGAGACGGAGAAGGCCGAGUCUGAGUCUAAGAGAAACUCCACCAUCAUAGGAGAAUAUAAACAGAUCUGCUCUCAGCUGAGCGAGAGGUUAGAGAAGCAACAGACCGGAGCCAAGCAAUCAAUGCUGGAUCUAAGGGAGAAGUUACAGAGCUGUGAUACCUGCAACAAAUUGAUCAGUGAAGACGGCAAGUACGAGAGAUCACCGACCGACCCUCGACCUUCCUCAGGGGUCGAUGAUGAACCUGAGCUAGCAGCAGCUCUGAACCAGGUCCGAGAGUUUGAGUUGGAGCUAGCUCAGACCAAGCUACAGCUGGUUGAGUCUCAAUGCCUGGCCCAGGACCUGGAACACCAGCUUAACAACGCAAUAACGGAGGUCCAGGUGGUGAGAAAUGCCCAGGCGGGAGGCAAUGCUAAUAGCUGGAUCACCAAGACGUUCUCGUCGUUCUCAUCGCUCAAAGAGGCCACGGGGGUAGUCAAGAAACUAGAACAGUAAUACAGUCUAACCUGCUCUAGUAACCACCUGUCUACAAAGACCACUUAUCUACAGAGACCACAUAUGUUGUUUCCCUUGAAAAUGGUUUCUCAUUGAAACAUGUACUAAAGGAACCUGUACAUAAAGACCACCUGCUUAUAAAGACCACUUUUCUUGUCUCCCUUGGGUGGUCUUUAUAGACUGGUUUCACUGUAUCACGACACGUCCCUCACUAGAACAGUGAGAUGAUACACUACGAAGAGACAUAGUUGUGGCUCUCCUCUUUCCAUGAACUUUUGUCAUAGAUUCUGUAUCUGUGAGAUUCUACAUGCCAAGAAUUUGUCCCGCAAAUAUUUAUUUGAUUUUUCCCUGGUAUAAGUAUUAUCAGUUGGUCAGAAACACACUCCAGAUAUGCAAGUUUCAAACUUACAGUUUGUGAAGUUGAGGCUCAGGUUCAUGUAUCCAUACAACAACAUUUUUUCUUGAUUUAUACAUUUUUCAUCACUUUGACUUUUUUUUGUGUCUCCAAAAUUAAGGAAAUUGUAUUACAUAACUGUUUAUUGUUAUAUAUGUUAUAUUUCGAAUAUUAUUACUUAUGAUGAUGUUAGAAAAGACAGAUACUUUAUAUUUGUGAUAUGUGUGUAGCUUACUAUUCAUUAGACUGUCUACAUAGCUAUAUACCUGAUAUCUGAUAGGCUUACUAGACCAGUACAUAAUAGAGGGCAAUCUGACCCUUGUAAUAAUUUCACUGGUAUGAGAGCAGAAAAACGAGAGAAACAGAAAGGCAAAAGUUUGAAAUAAAAAUCAGGCUAAUAGUGAGGGAGUUAUGAAGUUCUUAUAAGUUCGUAUAAUCUUCUUGAAGGAGUGGAAGAGUAAUAGUGCUUCACAUUAAUUUCUUUCCUUAUAAGUUAUUUCUUCUAGUAUUAUUAUCAGGAGAGUGUCUGAUUCAAUUUUCUUGAUUUUGUUACCUUCUUGUGUUUUCUGUUUAAGUUUAUAAUAUAUUAUCUUCAGUCAUGCAAAGCCAAGGAGUCACUUUAUUGCACCAUCUCCAUUAAAGAUCAAGUUGAGUUCUGGUCAUGCGAUUGCAUUGUGAAGUAAACCGUAUGGAAGAUUAAUAAUGUGGAAUAUAAGCUUUGGUGUAUACUGUGAGGUUUGGAAUCGUAAAAAUGAUAAGAAAUUGGUCUAGUUUUUCUAAAGGUCACAUGCACUGUGCACAGAAAUGAGUAUAUGGGUCUGCACGACAUGUGACACUAAUGUUGUGGUCCACAAUCCUGAGCUGUUACUUGUGAAUUUCAAAUAUGAGGGCUUUUGAAGAUCCACCCUUUUCAGAGGACUUUUGAAGAUUCACCCUUUUCAGAAGACUUUUUCUUCUUCUAUCAUACUCUUCCACGCUAACAUGAAGAGAAUGAAAAAGCUUGCAAAUUAUUAUUUACCAUUCCCAGAACCCAACCUCCUCUUUAACGUUGAAAAGAUCUCUGAAAAUUGAUAGAAAACCAGUGGCAACCAUGUACAGAUGUAAGGAGGACCAGUGCUCCGCUUAGCCUGUAAAGAUGAAAGAACUGUGAAAUUAAAAUCCGGUAGGCUUUUUGUUGUUUGUAAAUGUGUAUUCAAAUAUGUGAGUAGAUGCAGUAUAUAUACGGUGUACACCAAUUGUCUUGCCUAAUUUACUAAUCUUGUAUCAACUUGUGUAAUUGUGGAAUAUAUCUAUUUGUUGUAUAACUUCACCUCUAUUCAUUCUCUGCAGCAGAUAGGAUGUUUAUUUUUUCAGGAUUUUCCUCUUACAGUCACUGUUGGUGAUGUCAAUGAAAGUUUUGUCUAUUAAAGUUCAAUUGUGUAAAUAUAUGUAAAGCUUCAAUACAUCUCUCAAUAACGGAGGCAUCUUUCUGUAACUCUGCACACCCAAUCUCACCACUAAGAAUAACCUUAGGAAAACAUUCUCUAAUACAGUAGUUCAGGCUAUGUCAGGCAUUGUAUGGUUGAGUAGUUUUUAGGUGGUUUUGUUGGAAAACCUGUAAUUCUGAUGUGUCUAGUGAUUUCAGGGGUUGUCCUGGUAUGGUGGUUCUUACUGGAUUCAAAUUGACAGUUUGUGUGAUGAUCAAACAUGUUGACACAAGGGUCCUGUUUCAUAAAACGUGUUAUCAAUAGCAAAAUACAAGUAUCGUUAUAAGCUACUCAACUCCUUCUAUUUGACUGGCUAAAAGCACAUUUGCCAUAGAUAUGUGGCAUUUGUUAUUGAUAACAAGUUUUUAUGAAAUAUGGUCCAGAUAAAUUCACUUUAAUAUAUCCAUCUCUCUCAAACCAAAUACAUUGAUUAGAUAUCUAGCAUAUAAAACAUCAUGGAAUUCUUUAUGUUUGAUGUUUUUCUGUAUCAUAUUAUGCUAGUGAAAGACCACAUUAUUGGAGAAUGAAUGUAGCCAUUGUUAUUUAUCAAAGAAAACUAUUUCCAGUUUUGAAAUAAAGAUGUCAAGAUAACUCAAUGACAUAUUUGUAUGUGUAGAUGAUCAUAUAAAAAGCAAGGAAAGAUAUGUACUUGAUAUGUACCUCAUUAUAUAUAUAUAUAUAUAUAUAUACACAAGCCAAAGCAUUUACUCAAAGGUAAUGAAAAAACAAAUCAACAUUCAGCACUUUAAUGUACUCAUCAAAGUUAAGGUAUUUGUAACAUAACAUGCUGUGGAAAGUAAAUCCAAUAUGCCAGAAGAAAUCCAUGUAAAUAAUUGUUUGCAAAUGAUAACAAGUGUAAUGUAAGAAUUGCAAGUAGUAUGAUCAUUUUAUGUAUUGAUAUAUAUAUAUAUAUAUUUAUCUUGAUUAGUAGAUGUACAUGAUGCUUAAUGAUUUUUGUGAAAUUCCCCCGUUUGGGAUUGUAAUUAACAUUAUCUAUCUUCCUACCAAUAGUACUCAUCAUCUAUUAACGUUCAUUAUGAGGUACUGACAGAUACAUUUCCAUACUGUGAUACACAAACACACACAUGUAUUAGGCAUAGCGCUUGAAGAGCAUUGCUGUUUGCUAUAAAAGAGUGUAUCCGGCCACAUGUUGUUGUUAGAAUUAUAAAAAUGUGUCAGAUUGUCACAGUUUUUCAGACCUUGUAUUUUGCAAAGCCAUAAGAUAUCCUCCUCAUCUAUUUAUUCCAUAUUGUCAUGUAUGAUAUAUAGUGUUGUAUAUAAGAUUGCUUCCCUUGAUUAUUAUGACUUUACAUGUAUGACCGUCAUGUGUGCUAGUCCUGUACAGAUAUAGUGAUAAGUAUGUUGUAUGAUCAACGAACAUCUCAUUGUAUAUUAUGAUCUUUGAAUCAGACGAGUUGCAAGCAUUGUAAAAUCAAAGGCCCUGUUUCAUUGAACUGUCAUCAAUAACAAGAAAGCUACUGAAAUUCUGACAUUUGAUCGGUUGUUUUAAAGCAAACUUGCUGUUGAAUUGUGGCAGUCGUUGUGUUCUAGUAAUAGUUUAUGCAACAGGGCCCACAUGUGUACAUUUGGAUAUUUAUAUAUAUUUAAACAAUGUAUGCUCGAGUCUAAUUGUCGUUUUAAUGAUUGAAAUGUAAAAGGAGAAUGUUAUGAAUCAACGCAAUAAUUUAAAGCCAGAGAAAAUGGCUGUUUUGUAAUUGUCGUAGUUUGAUCAGAGACAGGAACGUUAAUUGAUUGAGAUUUAAUGAAUCGAAAUACAGAUGAAAAUCAUGUUUUUAGCGGUA